UAGAUGUAAAUAGAGAUUCACAGUCUAAUACCGCUGGCUAAGUUGACGGAUUUACCUGCAAUAGGGCAGUCUCGAGAUGGCCGUGUUAUUCCUAUAGUGACGAAAGGUCCCGUUGUGCAGGUAUCGGCGAGGACCUGCAGUCAACAUCCGGUCUGUGGUACUCCACGCCAGAGUCUUCCCUGUUAAGAUAAUGAGAUUUUGAUAAGAAGGUCGUGUCUAACAUCGCCUAGCUCCCAGGUAAAUGGUCGGUGUCUCCUUGCUAUCCAGUACGAUCUCAACCCAGUCGUAAGAAAGUGAGGUUUCGACAGAUCGUCCCCCAGGGGGCUCCAAGACCUGCCCUAAAGCACCUGACCCGACCCCCACACAGCCACUCCAGACUUUCCUUUCCAUUCACGGCACAUAUGAUUUGUAUGGUGAGGACAGUACGCCUCAGGGAUGGCGGAAACGGCUUCAUUUACGACAGAGCAAUGGAAUGGGGAAAGGAUUUCCCAUCAGCAAAUGGCACUCGUCAGUCCCCAAUAGACUUCAUGUCAUCCGGGACACAAUACGAUGCUGCGCUGGCUAAGUCACCCCUGGCCAUCAACUACUGUACCUCACGGGAGACGGACAUCCUCAACAACGGACAGAACGUGGUUGUGUAUCCAAAGAGUAAAGGAGCGGAGACAUCCGUCCGGUUUGAUAUGGCUCAGCGAUCCACUAUAUCGGGCGGACCUCUUUCACUUGGACAUGAGUUUGAGCUUUCGGAGAUUCGGUUCCACUGGGGUUCAUCUAACAGCCGUGGAUCUGAGCAUCGCGUUAACGGGAAGGCAUUCCCCAUGGAGGUUCAGUUUAUACACUGGAACGCCAGCUUGUAUUCCAGCAUGGAGGAUGCUUGUGGUAAGCCUGACGGAACGGCUGCCGUGUGUCUGUUUGUUCAGAUAGGAAGAGAAAAUGCAACCGUUAAGUCGCUCAUCAGCGAUGCUCUCUGUGACGUCAUUUUCAAGGGGCGACAGAAAACAACUAAUACUCCGUUUAAUCCCGUCUGUCUACUUCCAGACCCAGACCUACGGGACUACUGGUCCUAUGAGGGGUCGCUGACCUUCCCUCCCUGUCACGAAAAUACCACGUGGAUCAUGCUCCGGUACCCACUUUUAGUGUCCCCGGGACAAAUAGAGGAGUUCCGUCGACUUUUGUGUUACUGUAAAGGGGAUUCCCCAGGAAAGGGGUCAAGUGGACGACUGGUGGAUAAUUUUCGACCUGUACAGCCCUUGAAUGGGAGAGUAGUGAGGGCCUCGUUCCAGUAAAAAAGGUUGUGACUUAUAGGGACACGGAUGUCAGGAAGAGUGUGCGUCAUUCAACCAGUCAAAACUUAAUACCAUGUGCCUAAAAAACUACAGUGUACUUAGAAAACCAGUGGAGCUGUAGUCUGUUUCUCUUUAACAGUGGCCGACAUUGGCUUUCCUUAACUCAAUUGACGUCACCAUCUUAUGUAAUGAAUGUGAUGUUUUAUGAUUACGGUGUUGUUAUUUUGGAUUCGCCAACAUGGCCAAUAGCUUUAAGUGUAACAGUCUUUACAGGCGACACAAUAACAUACCGUAUUGAUAUCACGAACAUGAUACUGUUAUACAUAUAUCAUAUAAUUAUCUGAUGAAGGAAUGAUCUAACACAACGGUUUUAUUGACAUUAACACUAUAAAAUGACGUGGUGAAGUUCAGUUUUAUAAAACAUUGACUGUAUCAGUUGUGAAUAAGCCGUAUUAGAAAACUUACCUGUACUGUAAAUAGCGUAUAGGACGCGUGUAAUAACAAGAAUGUGACGUCAAAAAUAAUUUACGUCACGCGACUGUCUCGGUAAUGAAAAAAAGUCCCCCAAUGUCGAAAAUCGUCCGUGUUAUACUGAAACACACUGGGACUUUCGCCUAUCCUAUGUAUAAUGUGAUCAACUGAAUUUUACACUCGUUUCAACAAAUAUUGAAAUGAUCAAAUCUAGUUGAAUAAAAGUGAGUGGCUUAAAGGUUCUCACAUAUCAAAUUAUUGAGCUCUUUUAAUGCAUUAUUAAGAUACUCUACAUAAAUUCUGGUACUUUGAUUUGGUCAUUUAACCAUUUUGAUGACUGUAAGACUAGGGACAUGUCUCGCUUUGUAUUAUAAAAAAAUAGAUUGAGAUAACUAAUUCUUAUAAGAUAAGUCUAGACAUGUCUCUUUGGUAGGACUGGGUUUGUUACAGAAGCUUGGCUAUAUAAAUAUAUGGAUAGAUAGGUCAAUGUGUAAUAAGUACCUGCAAAGCGAAAGUACAAUCAUACAUUUUGUAGAUGAGGUCAUGUAGAGUAAGUAUAUCGUCUCUAUCUUGUACAGUAUGUGUGUUGUGUGUAAACGGAGUACAUAGCUGCCUUAAAUUACAUGUUGUAAUAUGUAUAUGUUCAUACAGGAGAUAGAAAUCUAAUGCUAACUUUUUUUGUGAUAAUGCAAGUUGAUAGCCUAUAUCAAGCAUUAUGUCUCUGUAUGCAUAUUUGAUUGUUUUCACCAUGUGAUAUUAAAUGUUGAUUAUUAUAUUGUAGACAAAGUUA